AUGGAUGAUGCUAUCACAAAUAUUGAUGAUGCAAAUCAUAACAAAGAAAAUGAUGUCAUUGAGGCAAAUGAAAAGGAGGAAAAUCCAUUUGCUUCAAAGAAACAGAAGCAAACAUAUAAGAAUUUUAAAUAUGACCAUGCCAAGAUAAGAGAAGUCCUUGCCCAUAUGAUCCUUGUUCAUGAGUUGCCAUUUCUUUUUACAGAGUAUGAGGUUUUCAAUUUGUUGAUGAGAACUGUAACUCCUUAUUAUAAAAAUAUUAGUCGUGAAAUUGUAAGAAAGGAUUGUUUCUCUGCUUAUGACAUUGAGAAAAAGAAAGUGAAGGAUUUGCUAGAGCAUGUUCACAAAGUUAGUGUGACCAUAGAUUUAUGGAAGUCAGGAGUUGUUAUAUGUGAUGUGCUGCAAAAAUGCUUAGUUAAAUGGGGAAUUGAAGAUAAGGAUAAUCUUGCUUACAAGAAUAGUCUUGCACUUAAUGCUAAGUUGUUUCAUGUGAGAUGUUGUGCAGCUAUCUUAAAUUUAUUGGUGCAAGAUGGGUUGUCUAAGAUUGAAGAUAUAAUUUUCAAAGUGCAUAAAAGUGUAAAGCAUCUUGCAAAAGCAGAGUCUCGUCAUUUGAAUUUUAGUGAAAUUGGAAAGCAAUUGAAAUUUCCUUCAAAGAAGCUUAUUUUGGAUUUUGGCACAAGGUGGAAUGCAAUAUAUUUCAUGCUAUCUAUUGCAUUGGAGUUUAAGGAUGUCUUCCCUCGAUAUCAGCAAAGAGACCCAACUUACACUUUCUUGCCUAAUGAGGAAGAUUAG